AUGACUUCGAAUGGUACAGUUAUUUCACUUGAAGAAGGCACAUUACUUGAAGAUAACGUCAACGAGAUCGAAAUCGAAACUAUUAAUGAUAAUUCAUCACCAUCAUCGAUUCCGUCUUCAAGAAUUUUGACAGAUCAAAAUAAAAUCAUUUCAAUACCUGUGGAAAAAGUUAUAAGAACUGAAUCAACAUUUAAACGUGCACGACAUUCAGCAACAUAUCAACGAAGUUGGAAACAAAAAGAAGAAGCUAUGUACAAAACAUAUGAGUUCGAUUUAUUUGGUGUACGAACAGAAAAAAUUAUUUGUUGGUUAUACUCAACAGAUAAUAUAUCGAUGCGUUGUCGUUUAUGCGAAAAAUACACAAAGGCAAAAAACAGGGUUCAUAAUGGUGUUAUUGAGAAACUGCGUCAAAAAUUGGAUGGUGAAUGUAUGGAAAGCAGCCCAUGUGUUGCUCAUACGUUUUCUCUUGUUGGUAGUCAAGCUGCUUAUAGUCUUACUGAUGAUAAUAAAAUUGGACCGAUAAGUCCAUCAGUUUCUAAAUUAGAAUCGUCUAUUAGUAAAAUAUACAAUUAUUUCUCGCGUAGCUCAAGUUGUCAAACAAAACUUAAAAACUGGCACCGAUUCUUCGAACAACCAGAACUUCGAUUUAAGCGUCUAUUUGAUAUACGGUGGUCUUGUAUUCGAGAUAGCAUAAAACCAAUUAUUGAAAAUAUUCAACCGAACUCCCAAGCAUUGUUUAUUGUACUUGAAGAGAUAUCUGCAGACUGGAUGUGCUCCAGUACAGAUCGUGAAACUGCGAGUGAACUACGAAAACAAUUACUGCGUGAUGAGUUCUUAUUUAUAAUACAUUUUCAUCAUGAUUUACACGAAUGUGUUUUGGGCCCAGUAACAAAAAUUGAACAACAACCACCUAUGUGGGGUUCAUCGUUAUCGAAUUAUAUUCGAGAAUCAAAGAAGCAUUUUUAUGGUCAAUUUAAAAUUGAACCAGCUGAUCGAAAAAAAUUAUCUCGGGAAUGUUUUGAUCACAUUGAAAGAUUACUUCAAGAACUAGAUCGUCGCUUCAUUAAAUAUCCUUUACUUGAAAAUUUAUCAAUAUCAUUCGAUCCAAAUUAUCUUAUGGACCAUAAAGAAAUUGUUGAUCAACCAGAAUAUGGACGAAAAGUAUUGAAUUAUCUUCGAGAAAAAUAUAAAAAUUUACCAUCAUUUGAUAAAACUGCAGUACACGCUGAAUGGGAAUUAAUUAAAAUACCAUUGGCUGAAUAUUUAAAAGGUUCAAUAACUCAUACACGAAAACAUUUUUGGAAAUCCUUUAUUUUGUUCAAACAAACUAUAAAUGAAAGAUUUAUUGAACAGUUUAAAAAUAUUGUAAUGCUAUUGUCAAUAUAUUUAUUAUCAGCGUCUAACUCUGCUGAAUGUGAACGAGGAUUUUCAGCUGCUAAUCGUGUACAAACAAACGGACGUAGCAGAUUAAUGGUGGAAACGUUGGAUGUAUUACUGAAUGUUAGGUUACUAUUAACUGAUGAAAUUCGCAGUGAAAGAUGUCAGUUUGUUGCUGAAAAAGCAUUCGAAUCAUGGAAUGAUUAUGAAAGUAAACGUCGUUACACUCGAACUAAAUUACUUAUUGAUGUUGCUGAUGAUUAUGAACCUGCAACACAAAAAUAUCGACCUAUACAAAAAUGA